AUGUCUUCCAGUAACGACAACCUACCUCCCUACCAGGAGAAGCCUUUCGCUCAAGAAAGAGCAUCUCUUGUUUCUUACCCUAGCCGUCUUGCCGGUACUGUCCAAACAUGCUCAAUAAAGGAUGGCCAGGUUGACUACUUCUCUAUCAUUCGUGUUUCUGAGUCAACCUACCAUCUGUUUCUUACAGUCGACCCUACACCUCUCUAUCGCAUUGAACUUGUCCUUGGGCCCAGCAAAGUCGGCAAUAUCCAAAUCUUCUCUGCAUCUGAUGGUACACUCCUCGCUGCAGCACGUGCAUCAGCUGAUCAGAAAAGCAAGACCCUGCCUGUCGGCAUGGUAUGCACUUCUUCACCUGCCGAGCCUAAUGCACCUUGGCGCCCUAUUACUUGGGAAAAGUCAUGGCUUCCCUUAUGGUUUGACACCCAUAUACCGGUUGUCACGGUACCUGGUCGACCUGCCAAGCCUCAGUACUUUCAAUGGAAAAUUGAUGAGGGUAAAGGCGCAAAGCUAAGAUGGGAAGGCGAACUCUACACUAAUCAUAUUAAUCCGGCACCAAUUGAAUACGUCUUCGCGAGACUGAGCAUUGAGCCUGAUGGAGGGGAAACUUUAGUAGAGAUUCGGAGGGGAGCAGGUAUUGACUUUGAGUUGAGUGUGAUUCUUGAGGCGUUUCUACUUAUAGACCUUAAUUUGAAGGCAAAGUCAGCCUAA